AAAUCCAAAAACAAAAAAUCUAAAGGAGGGAAACAAACGGCUUAUCUCCUUGUCCUUCUCAGUGCACCCUCUUGAUUAGCUAUGGAGGACUCCCUCUCUGCCAUUCCCAAUCCAAAAACUCAUGAACAUCCUCAAAUGCCGUCGUUACCGGAGAAAGAAAUCGGAAAUCAUGGACUUACGAAGAGUAUUUUACGUCUUGGAAACACUUGGCCAACCCCAUUUCCCGGUGAUGAAGUUGAAAUUCAUUAUAGUGGACACGUCGAGAAUGGUUCAUCUUUGGGAUCAAGUCAUGAUAAAGGAGCUCCUUUCAAAUUCAAAUUAGGACAAGGUGAAGUAAUAAAAGGCUUGGAUGAAGGCGUGGUCACUAUGAAGAAAGGUGAGAGGGCAAUUUUCAAGAUACCGCCACAAUUAGCCUAUGGAGAGGUCGGUUUUCCACCCGUCAUUCUGCCUCAUUCAACCGUCAUCUUUGAUGUUGAGAUGAUAUCUUGGAGCACCAUAAGGGAUAUAACAGGAGAUGGAGGAGUACUAAAGAAGAUCAUUGUCGAAGGUGAAGGAUGGGCCACUCCUAAAGAUAUUGACGAGGUUUCAGUCAAGUAUGAAGCAAAGCUUGAAAAUGGCACGAUAGUUUCUGAAUCCGAGGGUUUGGAGUUCCAUGUAGGCAAUGGGAAGUUGUGUCCUGCCAUCCAUAAAGCAGUGAAGACGAUGAGAAGGAACGAGAAAGUAGAGCUCUCUGUUAGGUUCUCUUAUGGGUUUGAAGUAGAACUUGAACACGAAGAAGCCAUAACAAGCAGUCGCAAUCCCAACAACAUGACCAUCAUUCUUGAGCUGUUAUCUUGGAAAAGUGUUGUGGAUGUUGUUGGGGAUAAGAAGAUACUUAAGAAGGUUAUUUCUGCUGGGGAAGGCUUUGCUUUUCCAAAUGAAGGUUCUUUGGCAAAAGUGAUAGUCUUAGGCAAACGAAAAGAUGGAGCAAUAAUCGAGCAAAAGGGAUCAAACGAAGAGCCGUUUGAGUAUAUGUGUCUCGAAGGUCAAGUUAAUGAGAGCUUAGACAAAGCGAUAAUGACUAUGAAAAAGGGAGAAAAGUCGCAAGUGUUUGUAUUUUCUGAUCAUAUGCAAGGAAGUCAUGAAGCAUCAGAAUCUGUUUUUGCUAAUCCAACACUUAUCUAUGAUGUUGAGCUGCUUGAUUUCACAAAGGAAAUACCUGUCUGGAAGAUGGACACACAGGAGAAAAUCCAAGCGUGUGACAAGAAGAAGCAAGAGGGAAAUGCAUUGUUCAAGGAAGGAAAGUUCUGGCUCGCUUCCAAGAAAUAUGACAAGGCUGCAAAAUGCAUUGAAUUCAACCACAGUUUUUCUGAUGAGGAAAAACGUAUAACAAAGGCGCUGUUAUUGUCUUGUAAUCUGAAUAAUGCAGCAUGUAAGCUUAAAUUGGAGGACUACGUUGAAGCUGCAGGACUAUGCACUAAGGUUAUCGAACUUGAUCCACACAACAUAAAAGCUCUAUUCAGAAGAGCUCAAGCUUAUUUGCAUACUUCAGAUUUAGACAAAGCUGAAGCUGAUUGCAGAAGAGCUCUGACAAUUGAUCCAAAUAACAGGGACAUUAAGCUUCUGCAUCAGGUGAUUAAGACUAAACAAAAGGAGCAUACCUUGUACCAAGCUCAGUUGUUCGGUACAAUGAUAUCAAAAAUGGUAUAAUUUGUUCAUUUUGCAAUAAUUAUGAUUUAUUGCUACUACCUCUCAUCAAAGAAUACAAAAGUUUAAAAGGGUUCCUAGCUAUAAUCCUAUUGUUUGGUCCCGUGUUCAUUUGAUGUUGUAUACAAAAUUCCUCGAAAACUCUGUAAAAUGUAGGAUACUCGCAUGGUAUGACAAGAUUGAUCUAUACUAAUUGUGUUCAGAUUGGUAUC